UCUUCCACGGCCGUGCGACCCACGGGGAGCGGCCAGGCCUUUCUUCGUUCCCGGGGAGCAAAGGAAGCCAGGCGGGGAGUGGGGGGACGGGACCAUGGAGGCCUGCGGGGCGGCUCCUCUGUAUCGGCUGCCUCGGCUGGAGGGGGACUUUGGCCUCCGCCCCUCUGCGGGAAAGGCAUUCCCAAAGUCCUUUCUGGAAGUAGCUGUGUUCUUCACGGAGGAGGAAUGGGCUCUCCUGGAUCCAGGCCAAAGAAAACUCUACUGGGAAGUGAUGGAGGAGAAUUACGAGACCGUGGCCUCCCUUGCUGCAUAUGUGAGGGAGUUGGCAAGUGACAAGGAACCAGGAAGAGCAAUUAUGGAAAGAGAUGAAGAUCUGAAGGGAGAAGCAAAACCAGGGGACCAAGUGGUACCAAAGAAGUGGCAGAGAAUCAAAAGGAAAGCAAAACGGAAGCAGAGGAAGAAAUUCCUUGCCCAUCAGAGCAGGAAGAUCGCUGAGGUCCCAGGCAAACUCCGAGUCAAAAUAUGUCAGAAAAUUACAACAUGGCGGAAAACAUAUGAAUGCCUGAAGUGUGGGAAGGCCUUUCUUCAGAAUAGCAAGUUGGCUAAACAUCAGAGGAUGCACACAGGGGUGAAGCCAUAUAAAUGCUUCGAGUGUGGUAAGAGCUUCUCUUGGACUGGCAACCUAACUAGCCAUCAAAAGCUUCACACAGGGGCGAAGCCAUAUAAAUGCUUGAAGUGUGGGAAGAGCUUCUCUCACAGUGGUGUUUUGACAAAACAUCACAGGAUUCACACAGGGGAGAAGCCACAUAAAUGCUUGGAGUGUGGAAAGAGCUUCUCUCUCAAUGGUAACCUCACUAUACAUCGUAGGAUUCACACAGGAAAGAAGCCAUUUAAAUGCUUGGAGUGUGGAAAGAGCUUCUCUUGGAAUUACGGCCUCACUGGCCAUCAAAAGGUUCACACGGGGGAGAAGCCAUAUAAAUGCUUGGAGUGUGGAAAGAGCUUCUCUUGGAAUUACAGCCUCACUAGCCAUCAAAAGGUUCACACAGGGGAGAAGCCAUAUAAAUGCUUGGAGUGUGGAAAGAGCUUCGCUCGCAAUGGCAACCUCACUCUCCAUCAAAAGGUUCACACGGGGGAGAAGCCAUAUAAAUGCUUGGAGUGUGGAAAGAGCUUCUCUUGGAAUUACGGUUUCACUAGCCAUCAAAAGGUUCACACGGGGGAGAAGCCAUAUAAAUGCUUGGAGUGUGGAAAGAGCUUCUCUUACAAUGACAGCCUCACUAGCCAUCAAAAGGUUCACAUAGGUGAGAAGCCAUAUAAAUGCUUGGAGUGUGCAAAGAGCUUCUCUCGCAGCGGUGACCUCACUAAACAUCACAGGAUUCACACAGGGGAGAAGCCAUAUAAAUGCUUGGAAUGUGGGAAGAGCUUCACUUGGAAUAGUGGGCUCAGGAAACAUUACAGUAUACACACAGGGGAGAAGCCAUAUAAAUGCUUGGAGUGUGGAAAGAGCUUCUCUCACAAUGACAGCCUCACUAGGCAUCAAAAGGUUCACACAGGGGAGAAGCCAUAUAAAUGCUUGGAGUGUGGGAAGAGCUUCUCUGACAGUCGUGACCUCACUAAACAUCACAUGAUUCACACAGGGGAGAAGCCAUAUAAAUGCUUGGAAUGUGGGAAGAGUUUCUUUCACAGUGGCGACCUCACUAAACAUAACAGGAUUCACACAGGGGAGAAGCCAUAUAAAUGCUUGGAAUGUGGGAAGAGUUUCUCUGACGGUGGUGCCCUCACUAAUCAUCAUAGGAUUCACACAGGGGAGAAGCCAUAUAAAUGCUUGGAAUGUGGGAAGAGUUUCUCUGACAGUGGUGCCCUCACUAAUCAUCAUAGGAUUCACACAGGGGAGAAGCCAUAUAAAUGCUUGGAGUGUGGAAAGAGCUUCUCUCGCAAUGGCAGCCUCACUAUACAUCAUAGGAUUCACACAGGGGAGAAGCCAUAUAAAUGCUUGAAAUGUGGGAAGAGCUUCUCUUGCAAUGGCAGCCUCAAUAGCCAUCAAAAGGUUCACACAGUGGAGAAGCGGUAGAAAUGCUUGGAGUGUACAAAUAGCUUCUCACUGAAGGGCAGAUUAACUAGCAAUCAAAAAGUUCAUGCGGGGAAGAAUACUUACAAAUGAUGGUAGUGUGGGAAGAGUUUUUCAUAUACUGGUGACCUCGUUAUCGAAGAAUUCACAUGGAAGAAGACAUAUAAAUGCUUGGAAUGUGAAAUGGCACCCUAAGUAGCCAGCAAAAGGUUCACACCGGGGAGGUUCCAUAUAAAUACUUAGAAAGUGGGUAGAGCUUCAGUGUGAGCAGCAGCCUUACCGUACAACUCGAAUUGCCCACUGGGAAAUAGCCAUCCCAUCACCAGUUAAUCUUGCUUGUUCGUGCCAUAAAGUGUUUUAUGGUAGCUUACCCUGAUGAGGAAGAUCUCAUCAUCUUCCUUCCUUUAUCUUCCUUCCUAAAGGAAUUCCUUCCUUUAUCUUCAUCUCCCCUACAUCUUUUCUGUUAACAUCCAACAGUGUUAAAUACUAGCCCCGGUGAGCAAAACAUGCAUAUUUUUCUCUUUUCAAAGCUCCUUGUGUUAAUGGAUCAUUCACCGGAGUUGUGAGAUUGAUUAAUGCUUCAUCCUUCUUCCAUAAUGAUGAGUAGUGUAAUUUUCCAGUGGGAAGAAUGGUAUGUGCUGUUUACUAAGAAAUCUAACAUCUUUCAUAUUUGACAAUGUAAAAAUAUGGUGUGUCUUGUAUUUAGCUGAUGCUUCAGAUUUUUAAUUAUGUGACAUUCUACGAAGCUGAGAGUGAUGCUGUUGCACAUACUAGAUAAGCUUCAUAAAUCUUUUUAAAAGUUGAGAAAAAUUUAAGUGAGCAGGUUAUGAUUAGUCAGUUCUAGCAAAUAAAGGAACGUUUAUUUA